AUGUUUUGUCCUGAGUGUGGAUCUGCUGUAAAUAAGGAGGAACUUCUCAUAUGUUAUUAUUUUCACCGUGGAUUUAGUUACUCGUCUAUUAUUUCUUUUCUGAAUAAACGUCACGAUAUCGAGAUUUCUCUGCGAACUCUUCAAAAUAGGCUCUCAGAAUAUGGGUUGAAAAGACGGGGUACCGACACCCCUGAUGCAGUGAUUUAUGAAGUUAUCGAACGCGAAUUAGAUGGUCCAGGUUGUAGGCAUUGUCUCCGUAUUAAAUAUGGAAUUCAAACUUCGAGAAAUAAUGUUGAAAGAAUUCUGCGUGACAUCGAUCCAGAAGGAACUGCUUUACGAAGAGCGCAUCGACUUAGGAGAAGAUCUUACACCAAUCCCGGGCCUAAUUAUGCGUGGCAUGUAGACGGGUACGAUAAACUGAAACCGUACGGUUUUCCCAUCCACGGCUGCGUGGAUGGCUUUAGUCGUCGUCUUUUGUGGUUAAAAGUUUGUCGAACGAACAACGACCCAUCAUACGUUGCAUCUUUUUUUUACGAGUGCGUGCAGACAACUAACGGUUGCCCAAGACCGGUUGCCCAACUAACGGUUGCAAAACGGGGUCAUGGCAGCGAUGCAAUGCUACUUUCGUGCACAAGGAAAUGA